AUGCACGAAGACCAAUCAUCUGAAUGGGAGACAUCUCUGGGUCUUAAGUUAAGCGACGAAGAUGAGCAGCUCCUUCAGCCGAUUCACGUUAACACGAUCACCGUGUCUAACCUCCAAGACUUUAAUGACAAACGACUGACGGAGUCUGCUGCAUUCAAGUCAGUCAUUUCGUCCCUAGACCUACGGGACCUGAAACUGUUCAUCGCCCACGAGGAUGAAGAAGCCUCCCCAGAGAAUAACAUUUACUUUCCUGAGAGAUACGACAUUGACUGCCUUCCACGCACGUGGCUUUCCCCGGAAUUAUCAAAACAUCUCAAGACUCUUUCUCUUUACUGCAAGGAUUAUUGGGGCUGGUGCCCUCGGCUAGACCUUCGAGCCGUGAACCCCGGAUCUGGGCCUGAUUCUGGAUUUCCUGCUCUGAGGGUCCUCGCACUCGGAAACUACGUUCUCAGCCACGAAUGGCAGAUCGAUUGGAUCGCUUCUCUUGGGCGACAGAACGAAAGCGGAGGACUUGAGGAGCUAUAUCUCGAUGACUGCAUCAUAUUGUUUCAAGCUGAUAUUGCUGCACCACUCGAGACAGGUACGACAGUCAUUGGCACAGACAGCGAUGGCAACUCGAUGGAGAUUUCCAACGACAACUAUCCAAGCAAGCAAUGGUUUGUAAACAAGGGUGCGGGAGACUGGAACGAUAUUACUGUUCAAUUCGACAUUCGAUGGCAUGCUGUGUUCUCACGUUGGAAGGACACCAUGCAAGGCCUGAAGAUUCUCAAAGUGGGUUCAGGUUCAUGGAACGGAGAGCAUAACGACGCCAUUUACAACGCGGAAUUUUGGCACCAAAACACGAACAAUAACGCGGACGAAGUGGAUACUGCCUUGCCGAAAUACAGGAGGGAGCGUUCCAAGUUCAGACAAGAACUUCAAGACCAGGUCUUUCUGAACUUCGCCUCUCCAGGACCGCACCAGAAGGUUGUUGGGACUCGUGAGCCACAAGUGAGGUACAAAAACGGUGUUGGACUUGAUCAAGUAGGACAGAAGUUCCUUCGAUACUACAAGUAUGACAUGGGAAUGGGCCCGACUCAGUGGUCGGAAGAAGACGAGGAGGGAGAGCAGCAGGAGGAUGGAGGGCUUUGGGACAUGGGAACAACUGAACAGGAUUGGAAUGCACUGCUAGAACUCCUUAACACUGUCGAAGCGAGGCGUCUCGGACUGCCUCUUCAAGAGUUGCACGGACGAGAUUUGCAGUCUGCACUCAGAGAGAACGAAAGACUUCUCGUGCUGUAG